UCUGCAACAUUGUUUCUAGUCUAAAUUCAUCAACAUAUAAACUUGACUUUUGCAUGGGGUUUCUUUUGUCUAGGGUUGGGACUUCGAGUUUCCUGUGUUCCAGGUCCGAGAGCAUAAAAAAUGACGAAGUCGAAGGGAAACUCGUUGAGGAUCAAGGACAUUUCAGGGACCUCAACAAGUACUGGAUGGCGCAGCCAGGGCGCCCCUGUUGAUUUUGAGGGUGUGUUUGAAAUCCCCACUUUGCACUACAGCGCUGAUGCCGAGAAAACGCCUACUAUCCAGUCUCAGUUUGAAGUGACUGAAUCGGAAGAAGACACUCUUGGUUCGGAGGAGGAAGAGGAAGUGGAGGAGGAUGAGGAGGAUGAGGAGGGUGACGAGGGUGACUUUGGUAGCGAGCGCGAGGAAGCAGUAGACGAGGGUGAACAGGGUGACGAGGAUGAGGAAGAAGAAAAAGAGGAAGAGGAGGACGAGGAAGAAGACAACGCUGUCUUUGAGCGGACUGUUGAACAAGAGAGGGCGAACCAACAUGCGUACAUCGAGAAGUUUUUGAGGAGGGUAAAGCAGUCCGAGAAAUUAAUCUCUUGCCUGUGGAGCACUGUGCUGUUCCAAUUGGCUGUGGAACUAUGGACCAAACAUGCAGACCAGGAGCGAUACAAAUACUGCAGGGAACUAAUAUACUUCGCCUCUGCACGAGAGAGCCACGAGGAUCUGGCACUUGCUUGGGAAUUUUGUAAAACUGUCAGAGCGUAUACCUUUCCGGCACUUCGUGAGGAGGUCCGUGUUUCGAGGAGAGCAGAGUCACUCACCACAGGGUCGUCUGCGUCCCAACCUGCGAAAGGUCGAGUGAGGGUCUCCAAAGGGACUGCUCCCUCAGGGUCAAGGCAGCGGGAAGGGUCACCUUUUUAUUCGCUCCAAGCGUGUGUUGGAUCCACUGUCGCAGCAGAUGCGGGCUCGGGUGCGAAAACGAAGAAGAAAAUGCUUGCGCGGAAAACGGUUGCCAAAGACAAAAAGAAAGCGGAGGAGCCAAACUCUGGAAAGAGGAAAACGACGGAGAAGAAGUUCGCGAAACGGAAGGAUCAAACAGAAGAAAAGUUGCCAGUGGCGAAGGAGCUUACUCCUAACGACGAGGCUGAGAAGCUCUCUCGAAUGUGGGAGGAGUUAAAAGAGCUUAAUGACAAGAAGCUUGACGCCAACUCGUUCACCCUUCUAGCGUCUUGCCUCCUUCGACCCCCUGCUGAUGACAGUGGCAAGAGACCACUGGAGGUUCGCGAGCCCGAGGAGAGGCAGGUCCGACGGAUCGUGGACUCCAUGAAGAGGAACCCUUUUGCAGACACUCUGGCUCACGUUGGCUUGAUUGAUCCUUCGCAGGCUCGUACGAAGGAAGAUGUGGAUCUCAACAAGCUGCUCUCUGGAGGUUACAAAGUUUUCGUGCUCGGUGGUGGACACACAAGGGAGGCCAGAGAACGACUUAGGAACCUUCAACCGACUGUCUCUGCUUUCCAAAAGGCGAAUUGUUUCAUUUACGUCGGCCUCAUUGUCCAGGAAGCUCGUAAGAUUGCGCACGAGCACAACCUCAUUGCAGGCUUCCACCAAGACUUUAGUUUCAUCCAGAAACUGAAAUGCUGGCGAGCGGUGUUCGAAUCGAUGGGCUGCCAAAAGAAUGCCGCUACGAAGACUGCAUGCGUGCAGGAAAUUGGAUUUUCAAACCAAGACAAAGAUCUUCUGCAGAGGUCGGAUCCACAUUUUGAGGUCUGCAUGCGGUCCAAGGAAGUGUGGACCCUUCAGCUGAAGAUAUUCGAUAUGUGGUUGAAAGGGGAUUGUCUGAACCAGAAAAUAAAGGUACUGCGUUUCUUCAAUCCUGGAGCGCAGGUGGAGCAUGGAAAAAUUGUAGUUGAGCCAACUGACAUGCCACAGGCGCAUUGGGUGGAGAUGGGUUCUCUCGAUGACGAGUCUGUUAUUCCCAUCCUCGAACAGGUGGCCGCAAAGCAACUCUCGAUUGAUGGUAUGCGGAAGAAGUUUGAGGUGGCGAAGAGGGUCGGUCGAGUGGUUAGGUAUUUCUUAACAGAAACAAAGUCAGCAGAUUGGGCUAGCUGCGAAGAACUUUACCCACUCCACAAAACCAAGAAUGUUUUGGAGCCCUUCACAAGUAACAAGAAGCAGAAGGCGGAUGUACCUCGAGCUUUGCAACAGCACGUUGCUCGAGCGAAGGCGUGGAAGGAGCUGAAUAACAAAAGGGAGGCCGAAAGUCGAAGAACAAGGUCUAACCUCGUCGUCUCAGAAAAAGCUGGUACUCACUUCUUGGACUGGACGGAGGUGAAAUAUAAAGAACACUGCGGCAACGUGAAAGUCUUGGAAGGCGAUAUGAUGGACUUGAAGAACUUGAUAGAGAAGUUGCCUUUCUCUCUGAUUAUCUGCGACUUCCCGUACGGGUUUAAUCUGCCAAUGUCCUUUGGCGAUUCUGUUCCUUUUCCUGAGGAACACAUUGUUCAGGUCCUUGAGAACAUCAAGGAGCUACUACAGCCAAAGCGGUUCUCGAGAGGCAGCUCAUUACAAUUUGUCAGCAUGGACCCCAGGCACAACUACAGGCUGUUUGAUGCUGUCAUGAAGAAGUAUAUUCAUCCGACUGACCUCGAGGUGUUGUGCCCUUACCAGAAGCCCGUCGCUUUGUACGCGUGGUUGAUCGAGAAAUUCUCUCCUCCUGGCGCUUAUAUCAUCGACGGUUUUCCCGGGUCCGGAACAGGUGCAAUCGCCAGCGUUUUCUGCAACAGGAAUUGCCUGGUGGUUGACAAGUGCCCGCGCUGCAUCAAGAGAAUCCGCGCUCGCAUUCUGAACGAUAUUGGCCCUACGAUUGAAAGAGAAAGCAGGCGCGAGGAGGCCGCAAAGGAGGAUAAGACUUACAAUUGUGUAGUCGCUACAGAGGACACAACUGCAGCAACAACGCCGACCACUGCUGCAGCAGUAGCAACAACAGUCGAACCAGCAGCAGCCGGACCACCUGCAGCAGAAGCACCACUAGCAGGAGCACCAGCACCAGCAGCACCAGCAGCAUCACCAGCAGCAGCAGCAGCAGCAACAGCACCAGCAGCAACACCAGCAGCAGUAGCAGCACCACCACCACCAGCAGCAGCAGCAGCAGAAGCACCAGCAGCAGCAACAGAACCACCCGCAGCAGCAGCAGCAACAGAACCAUCCGCAGCGGCCACAGCAAUACCACCAGCAGCAGUAGCAGCAGCAGCAGCAGCAAGCGCACAAGGGGCAGUGAGCGAGCCAGCAACAGCUGGACCAGGCACAGAAGCGCUCGCACAGUACCUGAUCGUUGAGCCGACGUCGACCCCAGGCCCGUCGAAAACGAAGCCAGGCAAGCGGAGAACGCCUCCUCCAGUUGUAGUCUCCCCGCAGACGUGUGUCGAGUCCUCGGCAGCUCUGGAGAAAGGUUCGGGUACGAAGACGAAAGCUCCGAAAAAGAAAGUACUUGCAGAGAAAGCUGCGGCGUCUUCGAAAAGGAAAGGCAAAGCUCCGCAAGACGAGUUGGGUACGAAGCCGAAAGCUCUGAAAAAGAAAGUACGUGCGCCGAAAGUUGCAGCGUCUUCGAAAGGGAAAGGCAAAACUCCGCAAGACGAGCUUCAAGUUCCUCGAGGUCUUGUUCCCGGUGAACUCAACUACGAGCUGAUACGGGCCUGGAACGAGCUAGAGAGUUUAAAGGAGAAGAAAAUUUCCCAAGAGCCUUUUUACCUGCCCAUGUCGUGUCUGCGACGACCGCCGGACGAUGGAGCAGGAAACAGGCCACUCGAGAUUCGGGAGUCCAAAGAGGACCACGUUUCCACAAUCAUGGAUUCGAUGAUUACUUGCCCGACUGGGGAUCAUCUUCCCUUCGUUGGUGUCGUGGAUCCGUCGAAGGUGAAAGAUAAGAAGGACGUGGAUCUGGCCCGGUUGCGCAAAGGUGGCUACACCAUCUAUGUUCUUGGAGGUGGACGUUGCCGGGAGGCGAUGGAGCGCCUGCAGAAGAUCUACCCUGACAAGGAGGAUUACAAAUGGAAUGUGUGCUAUGUCUAUGCGGGCCUGACUACAGAAGAAGCGAGGCAGAAUGUCAAGGAGGUUUCGAGCGCAUCGCUCUCGACAGUCGCUGCUUUCUGCUCUGUGGACAUGCUAUCCUCAGUGAGGUCCGCGUUUGCGAAGAUAUGCAAUGCUGGUCAAGAGCUUGUCACGUGGUGCAAGCCGAACACGACGAAUCCCGGUGGUCCGAGACUUGUCAGCGCGACGGAGUUCUGUGUUCUGGGGUACUACAAUGUGACAGGCCAACUUGAGAUGACGCAUUACAACUUCGCUCUCACCGAUCCCCGCCACAACUUCCAACUUUUUGAUGCGGUGACGCGAAAGUUUGUGCACCCGGCUGAUGACAGGGUGCUUUGUCCGUACCAAAGACCUUAUGAAUCGUAUUCCUGGUUGGUCACAAAGUUCUCGCCACUAGGCGCCACCAUUUUCAACCGCUUUUCGGGCUCGGGUACGGGGGUCAUUGCUUGCGUGAUGGCGAACAGGAACUAUCUUGUCGUGGAGCUGGACAGACGGUGUGCGAAGGGAAUCCGCAUGAGGCUGCUCACUGACCUCGAAGGGACGUUGCAGAGAGAAAAGCCGAAAGAGGGGAAGGGCAAGUCGAAGGAACAACACCCUGAUGCAGACGUUGAGGUGUCUGGGGAUCACGGCCUCGAGGAGGAAGAGCGACAUGUUGAGGAAGCCACGGCGAGGGUGGCUUUCGGCCAGGACAUAACGCAGGAGACACGGGAGCCCAUUCCGGGAUUCAUUGCAACCGAAGCCAAUCUGCCGGCAGGAUCUGACCAGCGUGAGGAACCGCCCAUGGCAAUACCUCCAGAGGCGCAACUGGCACAAAGCCAGGACUCAAGUCAAGCCACAGGGGUAGAAACACGAGGUCGUAAGAGAAAGAUCGGAGGAUAGGAGGCGGUCACCUCCUUGUGAUGGGUCUGCGCAGCGAUGCUCGGUCGCGUGUGCGGAAAUAAGCAAGGGCGCAUAUAGUUUUAUAACUUGUUUUUGUUAUAGAACUAUAUUUGAG